AUGUCGGUGGUGAAGACGGGUAAGCGACCGCUACGGUCGCUAACCGCUCAUGAAAAAUUGGACGCUAUACGGAGGGUGCAUGAUGGUGAGAGCAAGGCUUCGGUGGCUAGGGAUAUCGGUGUUCCAGAAUCCACCCUCCGCGGUUGGUGUAAGAACGAGGACAAAAUAUCCUAUCUCUCCCGUCAGUCCAGUCCUGACACCGACGAAUCGCUCAACGAUCACACCAUACCCAAAAGGCCAAGAGUUGAAGAUCAACCUUUCAACCUAAGUCUAAAAUCUGACGGACAUCACUCACCAAAUGCUGGAGUUGACCUAAGCUUCAAGCCUGCAGAACCGGACACCAGUAUGAAGACACCUCCUUCUGCCGCGGAAACUCCAAAAUCUACCAGCCAUAUCUCGGAGAGGGAACGCAACAGAGCUGAAUUGGCCCGUUUGAGCGUGGAACUUGGCCUCAAUAGACCAGAAAUGUUCGUUCCAAAUGUUACCAGUGCUUCCUCCAACCUGACAGAUCUUACAGCGAACAUCAGUCUGCUGGCGCAGUGGAACACGUUGCUGAUGCAGAAGUCUUUGCGACAACAGGCCAAGACCAGUGUGACAGCAGCGGCUGAUACAAGUACCAACAUAUCACCAGCUGGAGGCGGAUUGUUGACGACAGUGGACAAACAGAAAGACAUGCUGCAACACCUUCCCAAAGACAAGCAGUCUGUCCAUGAAUCAGUAUGGUAUUGGCUGACCACUCAACAGAUGAGAAACUUAGCUCAGACACCGACAUCAUCUACUUUACCCACCCCGCAAACGUCCAAUGGGAUUUCAAGUUCGACACCCAGCAGUACUAACGCGGUAAGUUCAACGCAAUUUGCCAAUUCAAUGACUCCGGAUCAAAGCUCUUGGUUUUGGAAAUGGUGCAAUCAGUUCGCUCAGGGCCAGCAACUGUCACAGGACACCAAGCCGAUUUUGUACCAGCAAUUGACCAAGGAAGCUAAGGUUCCUACUCCACCUCCUCCAAAGCAAGCUACUCCUCCAGCUCAACCGCAGUCUUUGCUUCAAACUGUUCAAGUACCUGACCAACAGAACGCUGAGAAUCUUUCGAUGCAUGACGAAAAACAGAAACAAACCGACAAGAGCACCAAUAACAAAGUGAGGUCAGUGUUGGACAACCUGUUGUUCAACAAUACCAUCAACGUUGCUGUGAACAGGAAGGAGACCAGAGCUGAGGAAGAUAAAUUGUCCCAAUCUGAGGCCGUGGAGCAUGGUGAAAAGUUUCUCCAAUGGUUGGAAACUUGCAGUGAUCCGUCAGUAACCGCCAUGCAGAUAAUGCAGUUCAGAACCCUGUUGAAUAACGUCAAAUCAGGGGCUGAUAGGAAGAACGGGGAUCUGCAAACUAAAACCAAAGUGAAAAGGAAGUGA